GCCCAGCUCCUGCUUUCUCCGGCGUCUCCCCCAGCCCUCCUCCCCGGGCCCCCCCAUAUCGUGCAACCCCGGCGGCGGCGCGGGGGGCCUCCCAGAGCGGCAGGAUGUACCCCCAGGGAAGGCACCCGACCCCGCUCCAGUCCGGCCAGCCCUUCAAGUUCUCAAUCUUGGAGAUCUGCGACCGGAUCAAAGAAGAAUUCCAGUUUCUUCAGGCUCAGUACCACAGCCUCAAGCUGGAAUGUGAGAAGCUGGCCAGUGAGAAGACAGAAAUGCAGAGACAUUAUGUCAUGUACUAUGAGAUGUCAUACGGGCUCAACAUCGAAAUGCAUAAGCAGGCCGAGAUUGUGAAGCGCCUCAGCGGCAUCUGUGCUCAGAUUGUCCCCUUCCUGACCCAGGAGCACCAGCAGCAGGUGCUGCAGGCUGUGGAGCGAGCCAAGCAGGUGACCGUUGGGGAAUUGAACAGUCUCAUUGGGCAGCAGCAGCUCCAGCCGCUGUCCCACCACACCCCCCCUGUGCCCCUCACCCCACGCCCAGCUGGGCUGGUAGGCAGCAGUGCCACGGGACUGCUCGCCUUGUCCGGAGCGCUGGCUGCCCAGGCUCAGCUGGCAGCGGCUGCCAAGGAAGACCGGGCAGGCUUGGAGGCUGAGGGAUCCCGAGCAGAGAGAGCUCCCAGCAGGAGUGCAUCCACCUCACCCCCUGAGAGUCUGGGGGAGGAGCGACCGAGCGGCACAGGUGGCAACGGGAAGCAGCAGAGAGCGGAGGAGAAGGAUCUAUCAGGCCCUUACGAGAGCGAUGAAGACAAGAGUGAUUACAACCUGGUGGUGGACGAGGACCAGCCCUCAGAGCCUCCCAGCCCAGCGACCACUCCGUGUGGAAAAGCGCCAAUCUGCGUCUCUGCCCGUCGAGAGCUCGUGGACAGCCCAGCCUCCUUGGCUUCCAGCCUUGGCUCACCACUCCCUAGAGCCAAGGAGCUUGUCCUGAGCGACCUGCCUGCCAGCACCCCCGCCUCCAAGUCCUGUGACUCCUCCCCACCCCAGGAUGCCUCCACCCCCGGGCCCAGCUCGGCCAGUCACCUCCGCCAGCUCACAGCCAAGCCAACACCUUCCACGGACAGCAUCGCCCUGAGGAGCCCCCUGACCCUGUCCAGCCCCUUCACCACAUCCUUCACUCUGGGCUCCCACAGCGCCCUCAACGGGGACCUGUCGGUGCCCAGCUCCUACGUCAGCCUCCACCUGUCCCCUCAGGUCAGCGGCUCUGUCGUGUAUGGACGUUCCCCCAUGAUGGCAUUUGAAUCACACCCACAUCUCCGAGGGUCAUCCAUCUCGUCCUCCCUGCCCAGUAUCCCUGGAGGAAAACCGGCCUAUUCCUUCCACGUGUCCGCGGACGGGCAGAUGCAGCCGGUGCCCUUCCCCUCGGACGCCCUGGUGGGCGCGGGCAUUCCCCGGCACGUUCGGCAGCUGCACACGCUGGCGCACGGCGAGGUGGUCUGCGCCGUCACCAUCAGCGGCUCCACGCAACACGUGUACACGGGCGGCAAGGGUUGCGUGAAGGUGUGGGACGUGGGCCAGCCUGGCGCCAAGACGCCAGUGGCCCAGCUGGACUGCUUGAACCGGGACAACUACAUUCGCUCCUGCAAGCUGCUGCCUGACGGCCGGAGUCUGAUCGUGGGCGGCGAGGCCAGCACCUUGUCCAUCUGGGACCUGGCGGCGCCCACACCCCGCAUCAAAGCCGAGCUGACCUCCUCGGCCCCCGCCUGCUAUGCGCUGGCAGUCAGCCCCGACGCCAAGGUCUGCUUCUCCUGCUGCAGCGACGGUAACAUCGUGGUCUGGGACCUGCAGAACCAGACAAUGGUCAGGCAGUUCCAGGGCCACACGGAUGGAGCCAGCUGCAUCGACAUCUCUGAUUACGGAACGAGACUGUGGACUGGGGGCCUGGACAACACCGUGCGCUGCUGGGACCUGCGGGAGGGCCGCCAGCUGCAGCAGCACGACUUCAGUUCCCAGAUCUUCUCCCUGGGCCACUGCCCGAACCAGGACUGGCUGGCGGUCGGCAUGGAGAGCAGCAACGUGGAGAUUCUGCACGUCCGGAAGCCAGAGAAAUACCAGCUGCACCUUCACGAGAGCUGCGUGCUCUCUCUCAAGUUCGCCUCCUGCGGACGGUGGUUUGUGAGCACCGGGAAGGACAACCUGCUCAACGCAUGGAGGACGCCGUAUGGAGCCAGCAUUUUCCAGUCCAAGGAGUCGUCUUCCGUCUUGAGCUGCGACAUCUCUGGGAACAACAAGUACAUCGUGACUGGCUCGGGGGACAAGAAGGCCACGGUGUAUGAGGUGGUCUACUGAGACCCCCCACUCUUCCUGCACUCCGACUCCUAGGGGAGGGGCAUCUGGGACAGAGACCCCAACGACCCCCUCUUCAUCUACACCGAUGCACUCAAUCCCAUCCGCUAUCUGGCUAACCCCCUCAUUUUUUCCUGCUGGACGUGGGGGCUGAGGGGCUGGGGGGCUUUGGGGAAAUAAAUGUAUUUAUCAGAAUCGCCUUUCUGUCUUGGGGCUGGGGAGCUGGGGAUCAUUGAUUUCCUUGGGCACGUUCUGGAGGGGAAGCCGCUUUCUGGCUGUGAUCAUGGGUAAGUUGCUUUCCUUCCCCCUGCCUCUUUUUCCCUGUCUGGACAAUGAGAUCAUUCAUUCAUUCUGCAUGGAAACAUUGAGGCCACUACUAUGAGUGGAAGGAGCCCUGGUGGUGCAGAGGUUAAGUGCUCGGCUGCUAAUCAAAAGAUCAGAGGUUUGAACUCACCAGGUGCUCCGUGGGAGAAAGAUGUGGCAGUCUGCUUCCAGAAAGAUCACAACCUUGGAAACCCUACGGGGCUGCUCUACUCUGUCCUACAGGGUUGCUAUGAGUCAGAAUUGACUCAGUGGCAAUGGGUUUGGAUACAGGGUGAGUAGUGGUGGCUUAGCCGUAAAAUUUUUGCCUUCCAUGUGAGAGACCCAGGCUUGAUUCCCAGCCAGUGCUCCUCAUCCAUGGCCACCACCCCAACUGUCAGCCUCCACUUGUGUGGUGCUUUGAUGCUGAACAGGUUUCAGUGGCGCUUCCAGGCUAAGACUAGGAAGAAAGGCCUGGUGAUCGAUGUCCAAAAAUCAGUGAACACUCUAUGGAUCACAAGGGAACAUUGUCUGAUCCACAAGCAAUCGUGGGGAUGUACAGUAUUUCAUUCCAUUGUGCAUGGGGUCUCCGUGAGUUGGGAACCAGCCUGACGGCGGGCAACAACGAUGGGAAUCAGGUGCUGUGUUAGAAGAGCUGAGGUUAUGGAGUCCCUGGGUGGUGCAAGCAGUUAAGUGGUUAAGGUUGGGGGGGUUCAAGUCCACCCAGGGGCACUGCAGAAGAAAGGCUUGGCAACCAACUCCUGGAAAAAUCAGCCACUGAAAACCCUAUGGAGCACAGUUUUACUCUGACACACUGGGGGUCAGUACUGGCAACCAGUAAAGUUGAGGUUAUACCACAUAACAAAUGGCCCCAGAUCGCAGAGGCUUAGCCCAGCAAACAGUCCUUUUU